CUUUCCCACAUAUAUAAGUGUAAGCUACAGUGUUUGCUUUGAGUGGUGAGUGAGUUGCUGCUACCAAACAAACAGCUAUGAUGCUCCUGACUGUUGUGCUCUGUGGGCUCCUGUGUUCCACAUCACAGACUUUAUUUAAAAAGACUAAUGAACACAAAGGCAACAACAUUGAGGACGAUGACUUCAGUGUCUCCACACUGCUGGAAAAGGCCAAUGCUAACCUGGGAAAAAACUUCAAUGAUCCUCUGGUGAUGUUUGGAGACAUUGCAGUGCCAACAGGUCUACAGAACGCUGAUCCCUGCACAUCACGAGGCUGCCUAUGGAAUAAAAACCAGGAUGGCAAUGUCUAUAUUCCUUACAGAAUUUCUAACCAGUUCUCUCAAAGAGAAAAAGAUGUCAUUGUCAAAGGUCUCGAGUCAUUUCACGCCUCCACCUGCAUCCGCUUCAGGCCCCACCAAAGAGAAAGAGACUUUGUGGACAUCCAGUCUCAAACUGGGUGUUGGUCUUUUGUUGGUCGCCGUGGUGGUGACCAGGUGGUGUCUUUAAGCCGCAGCGGGUGUGUUUUCCACCAGAUUGUCCAACAUGAGCUUCUACACGCUCUGGGCUUUAACCAUGAACAGACCAGGUCAGACAGAGACAGUCAUGUUCGUAUCCGCCUGGAGAAUGUGAUCCCUGGACAGGAGCAUAAUUUCAGGAAAAUCGACACCAAUAAUCUGGGCACUCCCUACGAUUACAACUCUGUCAUGCACUAUGGAAGGUUCGCCUUCUCUAGAAACAGAGAGCCAACCAUUGUUCCCAUCCCCAAUCCAAAUGUAGAGAUUGGAAGAGCCACCCAGAUGAGUAGUGCUGACAUCCUCCGGGUGAAUCGCCUUUAUCGAUGCAACUCAAAUCAUUUUAACGAUAAGCAGUCUCCGUCAGGAAAUGAGCUCAUCUGAGUUAAAAGACACGUAGAAGAAAUGCGGAGCAAUGCUGUUUGCUUUAACUGGCUUCUUUGCUGACCUAAUCAGAAAUUAAAAUGCCCAGUGCUUUUUAUCACAAGCACACAAUAAAGAUUCCUUAUCAGCUUGAUGCAAUGCUAACAAUAAAACUACCCAAUGAUCUAAA